AGUUCUCCGAACAUUUAGUCGCAAGCUGCCAAACAAUGAAGUGCGUCCCUGGGCUGGCUGUCAUCGCUGGCACUUUUGUGGCGAUGCUAAGGGCGUCCGCCGAGUUGCCACACUACUACCAUACUACGCCCCAACUCAAAGAAGAGGUGGAGAAAUUAGGGAAGGACUGCGACGGAUUUAGUGUCCACCAUGAGCCGAUCGGCAACGACCACACUAUUGAGUUUGUUACUGUCUCACGUGCAAGCGGAACUCGAGACAGAUUCUUCCUGCUGGCGGGUGAACACUCAAGGGAAUUAAUUUCGGCGGAAAGCGCCCUGCACUUUCUCCAGGUCCUAUGUGAAAGAGAAACGAAGCUGGCAGAGAAAGCAGGAAAAGUGCUUCAGCACACAAACAUCCAAGUUGUCGUGAACGGAAAUCCGGUGUCCCGGGCGAAGGUGGAGGCGGGUGAUUUCUGUCUGCGAGGAAACGAGAAUAACGUCGACUUAAACCGCAACUGGGGAGAUCACUGGAACUCUGCAGCGGCAAACGCGGAGACAAGUCCGGGCAAUAAAGCUUUCUCUGAGCCUGAGACGCAAGCAUUUGCCAAAGCUGUCACGUCGUUCAAGCCACACAUCUUCCUUUCGGUUCAUUCAGGCACCUUAGGGAUGUACAUGCCGUGGGCCUUUUCUGCAGAAGAACCAGCACGGAAUGAGCAAGCAAUGGAGUCUGUUUUGAAGGAGGUUGACGAGAAGUUCUGUCGCUGUCCCUACGGAGCAGCAGGGAAAGAAGUCGGGUACCAGAGUUCUGGUACUUGCCUCGACUUUGUGUAUGACAAGCUAAAGACGCCCUUGUCGUUUGCGGUAGAGGUGUGCAACUUGCCGAGGGCCUCCGAUUUUCACUUCAAGUCAAACAUCGUCAGAUUUACGCCCACCCCAACAGACAAGCUGAGCUCCAUAAAGCAUGGAAGAAGGAAAUCAAGUUUUUGGAUCCCCACUCAGACUUCAGUGGAUUAGGACACCCACGGCGCACGCGCAUCGGCAAAGGACCGCAUUUUGCCAUAAUGCCGGAGCCAGCAGAUGCUUACAAUGAAUGCUUUGAGCAAUUUAAUCCGAAUAGCGAAGAAGACUUUUCUUCCACGCUAAUGAACUGGAGCGAGGUAACGGAUUGACCUUGCAACGCAAGGAGAUGAGAUUGACUGUUGCUUCCGUU